AUGUCAAUUCAAAAAAAGUCAUCAAAAAUAAUCAGACAAGGAAAUGAACCUUAGAAAUACUAGAAUAUGUAUUAUGAAGUUCAACUUCCUUAUUUUAAUCCUUCAUCGAACUCAAUAUUUGCUAAUCAAUUAUUAAAUAAUCCAUCAUUUAUGAAUAUAUAUUAAUUAGCAAUAAGUAGCUAUCUUUAAGGGUAAUAUAAGUAAGCUAUAUUUUUUGCUGAGAAAUUAUUAUGCUUAAAUCAAGAUUAAAAUACUUAAGCAUAUUUGGUAUUUAUGCUUGGAAUUGUAAUAUUAUUUACUAUAAUAAUUUUAGUGUCAUUUUGCAAAUGCCGAAUAUUCAGGAGUAUAUAAUUUGUUUUUAAAGUACAAAUUAACAUAAGGUGAUUUCGGAGUCUUAGCAGCAAGAGCCCUAUACGCCAAUAAGUAAUAUGAAUUGGGAAUAGAGAUAUUACAAGAUUAAAUAACAUCAUAAAGUGAUUGGAUAAGAGGAUAAUGUUAUGAAGCAUUAGAGAAUAAAUAAUUAGCAGUUUCAAAUUACUAUGAGUGUUUAUAAAAGACUCCAACAAAUGUGAGAGUGUUUUAAUAAUUAGUAGAUUCAUAUUUAAUUUCUUCAGAUGAGAAGGAAAAUCUGAUACAAUAAAUAUAAUUAAAUUCAGAUGAAGCCUGGUUGAAAGAUUAUUAUGUGAGCAAAACAAUAAAUAGUGAUAUUGGGAAUUAGAAAAUGGCAGAUCAUUUAUAGGAAGAGAAAAGGAAAAUAGCUUAGCAAUUAUAGAUUGUAGAUAAAGUGGAAACUUAAUAAAUGAAACCAUCACCUUUAAGAAGUCCCUAUAUAAGAAAGGAGGAAAUUCCAAUUCAAAAUGAUUUAGUUUAUGUAGCUUUAGAAAAGAAGAAUAAUAUUGAUAUAUUGAAUGUUAAAGCAAAGAAGGCAUAUUAUAGUUAUGAUAUUGCAUCUGCAUAUGAUUGGUCAUUAAAAGCAAUAAAAUAAGAUCCAUUAUAUUUUGAUGUGAUUCCAACAUAUGUUUCAUGUUUAUUAGAAUUAGAAUAAAUAGCAGAAUUAUAUUAUUGUGCUCAUAAUUUGAUAGAAAACUAUGCAUCAAAUGCUUUGAGUUGGUUUGUAGUUGGAGUAUACUAUUUUUCAACAAAGAAAUAUGAGGUGGCAAGAAAAUAAUUUUAGAAAUCUAUACAAUUAGAUUAACAUCUCAUAUAUAGCUGGAUAGGGUUGGCUCAUUCUUAUGCUAUUUAAGAUGAAUCUGAUCAAGCAAUGUCUAUAUAUAGAUCAAUCACUCGUUAAUUCCCUGGUUGUUAUUAAGCUCAUGUUUAUAUUGGGAUGGAAUAUUUAAGGACAAAUAAUUUGUAGACAGCAAUCUUGUCUUUAUAAUAGGCUAAGGAUAUCAAUCCGACAGAUCCUAUGAUAUAAAAUGAACUUGGAGUUAUUGCUUAUAAAUAAAAGAAAUAUAAUGAAGCCAAAGAUGUAUAAUAUAAUUUAAAUUUAGUAUUUUUUAAAUGCUUUAGUGUUCUGUCAAAAUUCUAAUCAUAAGAUUCGAGAAUCAGCACUUUAGAAUUUGGGACAUACUUUUAGAAAAUAAAGGGAAUAUAAAAAUGCUAUACUUAUUUUCGAAAAGUGUAUUUAGGUAUUUAAAUUUAAUAUUUUAUAGUUAAACUCAGUAUCUCCAUAAAUUUUCUUUGGAUUGGCAUUUUCAUAUCAUUUGAGUGAGUUGCCAAAUAGUCUUAGUAAGGCAAUUCAUUUUUAUCAUAAAUCUUUGUCAUUAAAAUCAGACUAGACUUUUGUUUAGGAUAUGUUAAGUAAAGCAUUGUAAGAGGCUGCAGAUAUGGGAUUGUCAGAAUAUGUAAAUUGA